AUGCUUCUUCCAAUAGAAGAAGAUGUACUUAAGUUGGUGAGUACAAUGCUGAAUGAGGCUAGCUUACCUGCUGGCCUCUGGAUAAUCAGGGAUACAUUAUCAAUUAAGUGCGAAAACCAACUUGGGCAAGAUCAGUAAUUUUUUUACAAAUUGGUAUGGUGAGUCCUGAGACUCUUCUUGUGAAAAAUCAUCAAAGUCCCGGUCUAGAACCAAUGAGUCGCAGUUAAAAAAAAUAGAGUCCAAAAUUGAAAAUGCUUGGGCCUUUACAUAACCAAACAGUUAAUAUGAGGACAGACUCCAAAACCCUGUAUUACAUUAUACUGAAAUUAAAGUAUAUUCCUUCUAUUGAAACACAGCAAAGGCUACAAGAAAGACUCAUCACAACAGCCAUAAUAACUGCCACAGAAAUUACAUGAACAAAUACACAUGUUGAGAUCGAUCAAUCAAUCUUUGCAUCCUAUGGGAUGCAUGCCAUGAAUAACUUUGCGUGUUUGGGGAUUUUUAUGCAUCAGCAAUGCAAGAUGCAGAGGUAACAAAAUCAAUGCAAGAUCUUUUUGGGUUAAAAUGAAAAGUGAAAACUGUCCUGUGCUGUAACAUGACCAUUUGAAUGGAAAAACUUUAGCACAACUUUGGUUUAAUGCCAGAGUCGCACAUGGGAGGUUGGGUGCCUAGGAGCCUGGGGGCUGGAGCUGCCGACUACUAACCCAGGUAGCAAGAACACCCCAUAAUCCUGCCAACAACCCAGCUUAGAGCCCCACGUACUUAUUGCAUAUACUCAGCAAUUUGAUAUCUUUGUGAUAGGCCUGAUCCACAUCAGUUGACCAUUGAUUUUUUAAUAGAAAUUUUGUGGAAAGUUCACAUGACUGCUUUUUACCACCUAAUUUUGAGCUUUUUUUUUCUAGGGGGCUUUGAACGAAUUGUCCUUGUCACUGCAAGGUUAUCUCGAGAUUCUUUGUAACAAGAAAAGCCAACUUGAUGGAGUUAAGAUCAAUGAGACAGGCAUGCUCUAUGGUAAUGUCUAGUUUCUGGGAUCAUUGCAAUAACCCAUUUACAAUGUGCGCCGGCUUCAGGUCUUGCUCUUUAUAAAUGGUUGUCAGUAUGUAAGAUUUUUGACUGAUAAGCUCAAAAUGGCAGAAAACCUUAUAGUUUUUAUUUAUUGCUCUUUUUGUUCACAAAAACUGGACUUAUAUUUAUUUUUUGCUACUUUGUUAUUACUGUAACAAGGCCGUGCUCUAAGGAAAAUUGAAGGGAGCCCAGUCCUCUGAAUCUGUAAAAUCUAGGGUGCCCAGCGUAUGAUUUGUAUGAAAAAUCUGUGAUUUUCUAGUCGCCCGAGGGCAAAAGUUAGGCGCCAGGGGCCACCGGGCUCUGCUAGAGCACAGCCCUGUGUAACAUGUUUAGUUCAUAUUGGUCACUCAAACUCUCUCAUUCAUCUCCUGAAUUCAUAGAAAAAGGAGCUGUAAAGGAUGAUGAUGACUGUAAAAGGUGAGUUGUCAUAGUCAACCACAUAAUUCCCAGCCUGGGUUUCUUCACUGUGACCUGUCUUAUUCCAGAGGACAGGGAGAGGAGAGAACCCAGAAAGCAGGUGUUAUCAUUAUUACGUUCAAGUGUCCAAGACUGGACAAUAAAAUAUAUUAAUAUACUGUAUUACCUGAACUGUGAUCCCUUGCAAGGCUGUGCUCUAAGGAAAAUUGAAGGGAGCCCAGUGCUCUGAACCUGUAAAAUCUCAGUGCCCAGCAUAUGAUUUGUAUGAAAAAAUUGAUAUUUUCUAGUCGCCCAAGGGCAAAAGUUGGGCACCAUGGGCCACCAGGCUCUGCUGAAAACAGCCCUGCAUUGUAACUAGCACUCAUCUGUUUUUAUUUAACUCUAGGAGUGAAUAGACCUUUAUCAUGCAGCAGCCAUUUUGUCUCAGGAGAUCUAACAAGCUUUCUUUAUGCACACCUAGCCUCAGUCUAUUGGUUGAACAGAUGCUGGCAUCAUUCAUUAUUUUAAGAAGGACAAAGGAAAACUAGAUAAACUAGAUAUAGAGCAAAUAUAGAGCAGCUGUAAAUAUUUCUUAAAAGAGAAUCUUUAAGGCAUACUUUGAUGUUCUUACCAGAAUGUAAUAAUGUCUUUCUGCCAAUGAUUAAUUUUCAAAUGCAGGCGUAGGGUAGCUAUUGAAGACACCAUUUUACAAAAAGGUACUGUGAAAUUCUGUGAUGUUGUGGGCCUUACUAAUGCAAAGCAGGCAUUAAAGGAAGCUAUCAUUAUGCCACUACAGUUUCCACAUCUGUUCACAGGUGAGAUUAUUUCACUAUGUUCUUUAUCGUAAUAGGCCCUUUGCAGCUAUAGUCAAAUCUGUAUAUAACGGCCACCCUCAAGACUUGAGGAACUGGCUGCUUAAUACAGGUGGCCUCUUAAUACAGGAUCACUAAAAGUACUAGCUUACUGGGCAUGGUCUAAUGUCAAUUUUAAUGGCGUAUCUUACAAAAACACUUCAUGCAAAGAAACAAUAGGACAAUCAACGCUCUUUCAAAUCAUCAAUUCUUCAACUUGUAACUUAACGGUAUAAUAUAUGUAAGAUCGUGUAAAAGCACUGUGCAAUAAAUCUGAUGACAUCUGAAAAGGGAUAACGAUACUAAACAGGCGAGUAUCAGCUUACAGUAGCUCAUGUUAUUUCUUUAUAGUGAUGAUGGAUCGCAUUUUAAACACAAUAAAAUACCGCAUAAAAUGACAUAUGGCUUAGUUUCCGUUCAAGGGCAGGCCCCUUAAUACAGGGAAAAAUAACAAAGAAAGACAAACGUGGGACUGCUACAGGGUGGGUGGGUGGGUGGCCACAGUGGCCACAGUGUGGGUGGCCACAGCAGCUUAUAGAGGUGGCCACCUAAUACAGGUAACAAAUACAGCGUUUGUAUGAGCGAAAAUUCAGGACUUUGAAAAAUGGCCACUUAAUAGAGGGUGGCCGCUUAAUACAGGGCCAUUAUAUAGUCAUUCACCCCAUGCUGGAGAGCAAGAGAUGCACUGGGACAAGAAAAACAAACAGCUUACAUCAUUUAAAAUGGUAAUUUCUUUUGUUUAUCUUUUCCCAGUGUGUUCCUUGCUCUCCAGCAUGGUGGUUUUGAACCACGUAAGCGACUAGCUGCAAAGGACCCAUUACCACAGUAGAUAGGUUGUUACAAUUUUAAAUUAUUCUAACAUAAGAGUCAGUGCAUUUUUUUUAAUUUCCUUGUUGAAAAAAAUAGCAUUAAUGUUAUCAACACUAACUUACAGGUGUAUUUGAUGGCCUUAACCACUCAUUAAUUUCUUGUUAAAAAAAAAACUUUUAAUAACACCGUAGCUGAAGUUAAUGAGCACCCCAUUACCCCAUAGGAAGGUCAUUCUCCCCUUCCUUUGAGAAGCAAACCACUCCUUAAGUGUAAAGAGCUUUUCAUGGUAAAUACAACAGCAUGUUGCUUGUUAAGGGUUAUCCCAUGCAUACUUUGUAAAUGUAGGGAGAUUUGUAUUUACCAAAAAGUUUUGAUAACUGUUUCAACAAAUAAUAAUAAUUUAUUAUUAUUUAUGAAUAAUGGAUUGAUACCAUUAAUGCUCUACGUGUGUCUUCUUUGUUCAGGCGGUCGACAACCUUGGCGCAGGAUACUUCUGUAUGGACCUCCAGGGACAGGUGAUCAUUUACAGUCAAACCUCUAUUAAGAGACCCUUUGUUGAACAGUCACCUUCUAUGAAGUGGUCACCAAUCAAAUUUCCGCAGUUUGUUUUCCAUUAUUUGUAUAGGUAAUAGAAUGAUUUGUAGUGAUAUCAAUUGGCAUAAAUACCACGAGUGAUAUUUCAAAAUUGUUAUACGUAAUUUCACGAGCUUUUAGGCAAGUGAAAUUUCAGACAAUUUUGAAUUAUCACGAGUUGUAUUUAUGCCAAAUAUCACGUACAAAUCAUGCUAUUAAUUGUUUAUACUACUACCCGUAGAAGGUUUGUAAUUGUCACAUGUAGGUAUUUCAAAUAAAGCUGAAAUACCACUGCUCUAAGCCAAUCAAAUUGCAGAAAUUUCUCAUGUAGUAGUAUAAACUGUGAAAUAUUAAUUUUGACCUCUGUUGAGCAGUCACCUUACCCUUGGUUCCAGAGGUUAUUUUUUUGUUAUCUAAUUCCUGAUAGUUCACGACAACGCUGCAACAGCAAGGCACAGUCUUAAGCAUUAUUAAAGAGAAAAAAAACCUCUGGUCACAGGAACUACGAGUCUCAUUUCCAUGCAAUUUUAGGAUCAUAAUAUCUCACCAAACCAGGGUUUGGAGCUGAUGUGCACGUUUGUUUUCGUUGACUCUGAGAGCUUAAAACAGAAUUGUCACAGAUUCCUUUCCAAAAAGGACACUUCAAGUUUCAAGCAUGUAAAAAGGACGGAAGAACACAUUCUGUAACUAGCUGUUUUUAGAAGUCAACAGGAUAACAAUUAAGAAUUUCCUGUCUGCAACGCGGGUAUUACUGUAUCAGGUCGAACUAAAAAUUGCCAGACAGAGUGGCUAUGCUAAGCAAUAUAUAGUUAGUUGCUGAUUUUGUAGCAAAUAAACCAUGCCACAAACUACAAAAAAUUAGGAAAGAAAGAAAAAAAACUCUGGCACCCAGGGUACUAUUCGUUAGAAUUCAACUUUGUGCAAACAACAGUGCAGAAAUAGUUCCAGCAUGACAAAGCACAGCAGGAAAUCAUCACAUUCUUUCAAAGUACGUCCUUUUGUUUGAUAAAUUCAAACAAAGCUUCUUCCUCAUCCAACUUUGAUUCAGUUGUCAGAUGUUUGCAUAUUUCGAAGUUUAGUCAGAGAUUGCUGAGCCGCACUUCUAAAAGAACUGAAGAUGGCCUUUCCAAAUUGUUUGUUAUUAACAUCGAAACCAGUUUUCAAUCUCAUGCGGUGAAGUUCUUCUGUGGAGCCAAUCAAGUUUGCUGUUACAUCAUUAAUUCCCUGCUGACAUGGGUGAAACCAAUCAGCAGCCCAGUUCAGAUUCUGAACUGAUUCUCACAUCCUGGAAAUGAGGUUGCCUGCUUGUGUGACCAGAGGUCUGUCUCUGGAGCUUUAUCAACCUGUAAGCAUGGUUUAUUUCAUCAAGUUAAUUCAAGAAUGGACCUCUGGAGCCAGGGUACAAUCACCUCUUUUUAACCGACAUGAUUAACCCUCAGUCUUAAUACUUCACAGUUGGUUAAAUUUAAUGUAUUUCACCUCAAUGAAACGGUGGUCACCUACAGCUCUAUAACAGCAAUGUUUUCACAGAAAGGUGAAACAUACAUGUCCACUUUUGUCAAACGGCUUAUUCUAAAGCUAUGUUUAAAUUUUCCUGCAUGGGCCUGUGACCUGAUGGCAGCUCAGCUUAUUUUCAGGCCCUUUUUAUAUGACCAGCUUCAAUAUAUUGUAGCCAACCCUAUAAAGAAAAAAAUAGAUAUUCAAGCAAACCUCAAGAUCAAUUUAGUAACUUGUUUCCCUUGAGGACAUUUCCCUUGUCCACAGCAUAGGCAUCUCUAGGAAAUUCUUGAGUAAUGCAUCAGUGUCAUUUUGUUCAUGUUUGUUUGCAAUCAUGUAAAUGGAGUGCUUGUAAGCUGACAAGAACAGUACAUCUAUUUUUUUUUUGUGACUGAUUUUGCUGAUCAUUAUAAUUUAUUAUUUUGGUACAGGUAAAACAAGGCUAGCCCAAGCAGUAGCAUCAGAGAUCAACUCAACUUUUUACAGUGUGUCCAGUUCUGAUCUUGUGUCCAGCUGGGUUGGAGAAAGUGAAAAGUAAGUAUGAUGGACACUAGCCAUGGCACAUGAAAGAGUUAACAAAAUUUGUUCAGACAGAAGCUUUCUCCUUUUCUAUUAAAAAGCGCCCUGACUGAGUAACUUAUGUCAAACCCCAGAAAAGAUUUGUUGUUAUUAAUUUAUCUUUUUUAGUUACUGUUGUUUGUACAAAAGAGGAAGGGCACCUAAGUAAAACAUAAUGCCCCUCAGAAUGGAAUUCCCACUAAAAGAGUAAUAAUUUAUUAAAAACACACAAACAAAAACGACUUGUAUUUUUUAAAAUUUUAUUUAAAAUAGAAAACUAUGGCAGUUGAAGACAAGUAUAUUAUCAUUUGGUGUCACAUUAAAUUAUUGUAACUCUUCAGACUAUGUUUUGCAGAGCUUACUGAGUUUUCCUUUCACUAUUAAGAACAAAACUUUUAUGAUAAACUGGAACAGAGAAAUCAGACAAGCUUCCUUUAAAAUGCACUAUUAUUAAUUUCAAAUAAUUAUUUCUCCGUUUCUGAUUGGCUAAAAGCACACUCUCAAUUCACCAUAACCAGGUACUGUUGACCAAAUCUGGAAGACUUUUGCAAUUAAUCAACCAAUGACGUCAAAAGUGCAGCAGAGUUGAAGGUUAAUGCACCCUUAACCCAUUCGCUCCUGGAGAUUUUGCCGAAAAACGCCUUUUGAAGCUAGUCGAGUGGUUUUCUGGUCACUGUCGUGCUAUAAAGAGCUAAAACUUACCACAAACCGGUUUACAGGUCGUACACUUCGCAGCCCUCUGAUCCAGAUGCAGAAUAUCACCUUGCAAAGUUCGGGCAUGUGCAGAAAGCAAAAUUUUGACUUUUAAUUACUUUUCACUUUCUCUCCUCCCUUCUUUUUUCGCUUUUCUUGCCUCAUUUUUUUUUUCUCUUGCUGGGCAUUUAGUAGGCUUCAUGUUGGUGGGAAGAGCUUUUAGGAAAGCUUUUUAGCAUCUUAGCUAGAUUAGGUCAAAGGAAAGGUAGGUGAGCAAUGGAACAAGAUUUUCAUGGAGAUUUUCAGGUCAAUGUCACAUGGUUUUUUGCUUCUUUCUCCGGUGUCCUUGACUGAAUUGUGCUCAUUCUGGUAUGGAUUGAAAGAUCUCUUCACUCUGCACAAGUUAGCGAAGAAAGUUGCCUAUGACCGUUAAAACUGAUGGCAUUACAAAGGGUAGAAAGGACCUGGAUCCGCACGGGCGGUUACGGGCGGUUCAGGGGCGAAUGGGUUAACCGAGAAGACCUUGGGAAGAGAUUGAGUUGUUUUGGUUGUGAAAAGAAAAAUGGCGGAACAGUCGACAGAACAUUUUCCUCAUUUCACAAUGAACUAUUGUCUGAAAACAUAGCAAGAAGACAACUCAACGGACAACGUCUGCUAUUUGGAGUUUAUUUGCAAACCUGAACAGCCCUUUUUCUUCUCAACAUGCACUAUCUAGGUGAAUUUAACAUCAAUGAAGGUAAAGCAUGUUUUAGCUUGCUUUAAACAAGGUAUUAUUUUGAAUGAAUAAUAAAGCAAUUAAUGAAUUUGGCUUUCAUAGGAUGUAAAGGAUUAUGCAGGUCUCAGAGGGUGUUAUCCACCGAGGCCUUUAUAACACCCUCCGAGAUCUGCAUAAUUCUUCAUAUCCUGCUCAGCCUCAUUCAUUAAUUGCUAAGUAAUUAUAACUCCACCCAACUAUUUUAAUCCGUUAAUGUUUUCUUUCAAGACUUAUCAAAGAGCUCUUUCACAAUGCAAGAAGUCAACUAGGUCAAUCGGUGAGCAUUACACUCUAGAAUAAUUUUUUUCCGUGAAUCCAAAAGUCUGUUAGCUGUGCUAUUAAUUUUAGUGUUACCCCCAUAAGAAAAAGAUUUUACCUUGCAUUACCUUAAAUCUAGUCGCAGAAUAAACAGUACCAAUGAGAUUCUUACAAUUUUAUUCUUAUUGCCCAGGCUUAAUGGCAAUAUUUUGUAGACUUGAUAUUUUUCCAUGAUUUUCCUCAGUGGGUAAUUUGGUAUAACACUUAAAGCUUAUUUCCACUCCAUGGUAUUUCUUCAUAAAUUAUUUAAAUUAACUCCUAUUGUUAAGCUUACAUUGAAGUCUUUCUAGUGAAUGCUUCCAUUUUCCAUGAUUAAAUUUCAAGGUUAUCUGCCAUAGAGACUAGUAUUAAAUUCGUUAUUAGUAUUGAAAGUUUGAUUGUAUAGUUGAGAUACUACAACUAUCUAUUUUUAUUGUCUAGAGGCAGGUAGCUGUCAUGAAAUUAAAAGAUCUAUUUAAUUAUUUUAUUUUCUAUUUUUUACUUAUUUGGUCUACUAGGUUGUUUUUAUAGAUGAGAUUGAUAGCAUCUGUAGAAAGAGAAGUAUGCGUGAAGACGAGUACACAAGAAGAAUAAAGACUGAACUACUUAAACAGGUUAUAAUGAUACUAGUUUAAGUAAAUUUUGUUCAUAAUUCUCUUUCAGUAGCAACUCUAAAAAGAAUACUAAAUUCAUUUUUUUUAUUUGAAAAACAUUAUCUUUUGUUAUUAUAAAUAAUUAUUUUUAUUAUUCACAUUUUCUGCUGUUAACAGAUUGAACUUGUUUUGUUGUAGAUGGAAGGUACUGAUCAUAGUGCUUCACCUCAGCAUUUUAUCCUGCUGUGUGCUACAAACUGCCCGUGGGAACUAGAUACAGCCUUUCUGAGAAGAUUUCAAAAAAGAAUAUAUAUUCCUCUGCCAGAUAAGUGAGUAAUUAACAUUUAUUUUCUUUAGAAACAAUCUUAUAAUUGUACGAAAUAAUUUUAAUUAAUGAAAAAGUAAGGGAAAAUAAAGAUUAAGAAUAAGUCAGGGGAACUUUUCAUGCAAUUCUUCUGUUUCAGUAAGUUUUUAUCAAACAAUUUUUUAAAAUACAUUGUCAUUGGAUGAAAACUUUCCUUUUCGGAGUCCAAGAAAAAUGCUUUCUUCUGAGCCAUCAGAACCACCACAACACCUCUCUUGCUCUGUGUCAAAAAUUAGUGUCCUGCUACGUACAGGAUUAAAAGUUCAAGAUGAACGUCUCUGUUGAGAUUUGGUGUCAAUACUGGGAAUCUUGAUUGUAUAUUCGUGGUAGAUGUAGAAAAUGGGUAGGCCACCCUUAUUUUUUGGACCAAACUGUGGUGCACGGGCCAGGGCAGUAAAAUAUUUCCCAGAGUGCCUUGAUGUUCCUUCCUUAUCUUUGCAUGCAUGUAGAUGGGCACUGCUUAUCCCUCUCCCACCUCAUGGUCUGCAGAAAUUUCUUAAACAAGCUUCAAUACUAGCAAGUGAGAGUCUCUUUCUCCAACUUCUUCUGAGAGAAAAGUAAAAAAUUAUUUAUUUGCCACUUGAGACAUGAAUCAAAAUAAUAAUAGUGCUCAUACACUUUUCUUUAAUUUAUUAUUUAUAGAGAGGCAAGGAUUGCAUUGAUCAAGAUGCACUUGGCAGCAACUCCUGUAUCACUCUCCAUAGAGGACUGGUGUUUGUUGGGUGACAGAGUGGAAGGGUUCUCUGGAAGUGAUUUGUCUAACUGCACAUCAGAUGCCAUGUUUGAACCUGUGCGUGAAUUAGAACAUAAUGCUCAUUGGAAACUAGACAAAAGUAAGAUUGCCUCUUCUACUAAGAAAAAACUAAUAUACAAAGUCUUGGUGGGUAAAGCUUGGCCAGGAAAAGCCAGCAGUGCUAAGAUAGAAAGCGGUUUAACUGGAUAAUCCACUGGGUGAGGGGCCUUGGCACAUGACCCCAUACCAAGGGGGUGCCUCGUGCUUGUACUACAAGGCAGGCAUGCAUGUUUCACACAUCUGUGUAGCUAGGGUUAUGUUCUUAGCCAAGUUUAAUAACCAAGUCCCAUGAAUUCCCAUGUCCCUUCCCUACCAACUGGGGUCCCAGUCUCAUUUUGUUGCAUUAUUAUCAUUCUAUUCUGAUGUGUUUUUACAGAUUUAUUUUACAGUCCUUGUUCAGAAAGGGAAGACGAUUGUAUACACUCAUUAUUAAUUGAUCUCCCAUCUGAUAAGGUGAAGAUUAAUGACUGUUGAUGGUUAUUGUUGCUUUUGAUAAACAAGUUCUGCAAUUCCUGGUAAAUUAAUCAACUCUUAAUACUUCCUGGGUCCUGUAAAAUACUUUAAUUUUUUACAAAAUCGCUUUUUUCUACCUACUCCUGGAAUUUUUUGAUAAAAUGCUGUGGCUAUUGAAUUAUUUUGACAUUUGUUGCCUUUUCCCUGUAAAAUAAGAAGUAAAAAUGAUGUUCUUAGUUCUGGUCCUAAUAAUUUUCAUGUUAAAAUUUCUUGGAAAACACCUGGAAUUUCAUUUUCCUUUUCCGUAUAUACAGUAAAACAUGAAAACAUUGAGACUAAUGGUGGUUAUCAUUGUUUAUAAACAAGUUCUGUAUAUUACAAGAUAAGGAGAGGAAACCUUUCAACUCAUAAUCACAUACUACAAUACUACAUGUAAUACAAAUUCAAAAAAGUGUAUGGGGAGCUUACAAAUAUUACUACCAAUGCUAAUAUUGUUUUGUGUUUCAACAAUAUUAACAAGGUCAUUUAAAAUGAUAAUAUAUAGAUUUAGUCUGGGCUAAAAGCAAAGCUCAAAGAAAAUAUUCAAUCAAGAAAAAAAAGACAAGGUGAAAUCUGGCAACACGAACGGUAAAAAAUAACAAUAGAUCUAAUUAGAAAAAAAAAACUUUGUACGUGCAGCACACUUUUUUUCUAGUUAGCAAACAAACAACUUUUCUUGUGCUGCACACUUUUUUGUACAUUUCCUUGCCAUUCUUUACUUCCUAUUUACAUGUUCUAAGGAGGAAAUGUUUGUAUUGUGUACUUCGGCCCUAGCCUCUUCACACUGUUUUUUCACUGCCACUCAUUUUCACGUUGGUAUCCACAAGCAUUUCUCAUUUUCUCACCGCUGCUAUAUAAUUUUCAUGUUUUUCUUCCAACAAAAUUGGUCUCCGUUGUUAUUUAUUUCUCGCUCUAGCUCUUUCCCUGUUAUCCAAGUUAAUGUAGACAUUAAACUUAAGUGGAAAGAAAGACUCAUUUUUUUGUUGUUUGUUUUUUCCUCUCUUAAAACGUAUCCAUGUGAUUUACCGCUGAAACGAGUGGGGUGCUUGAAAUGCAAACUUUCACCUCAGCUAUAACAUGCUCCUUCCCUGAUGGGCAUGACUCCUGACUCCCUUCCCGCUCCCCCAGAGUCUGUACGGUCAGCGUUCGGUCGUAUGGUGACGUGAUGACCAAUUUUUCUUGGAUAGAUGGAUUACCAAAUUUUCUUAGCUAUGCGGCUCUGCUCUUGUGUGCUCUUGUGGAGCUCCACUUUUACUACUGAUACAAUGUAAAUUAAAAGAAAGAGAUUUACCAGUUAAUUCUGUAGAUCAGUCCUUGAUUCCCUCAGGCCUAGGCCAAACGUCAAACAUUUCAUGAGACGAGCCAACUUUAUUUAGUUAAGUCCAUGAAAAGUUUGGCGUCUGGCUCAGUUGAGUUUGACUGAAUGAGUUUGGAUCGUCCAACAUGUUCUUUCUGUCUGCUUUAGACCAACAGAACGUUUGAAGAUUGUCUACGGGACAAACAUCGACCCUCACACGCAAUGAACUAAACUAAUAUUAUGUUUAGCCUUGUUUGGCUGAAAAUUUAUCAAAAUUGCUUUUUUGGUACGAUUCAGUUUAUUGGUUCAAUCGCUUCCCAAGUUCAACAUCUGACCCAACUAAUGAUCUUAACUUACCGGUACUUAUACAGCCAACUGACAUAUGCAUUUUUCACCACUGUCAAUCAUCUUAGUGGACCUCUGACAUGGCUGCCUUAGCCAGAGGUUCCUUUCACCCCUGACAAAUGUAAAAUUGCCCUGACCAACUGAAAUAACAUUUCAACAAAUCAUUCAUGAUGAUGGACUCGACCCUUCCCUCACAACAACCCUCUCCACGCAUUUAUUUAUGCACAGCUAUCCUCUCUGCCCAUUUUAUUUUUGCUUCCAGCAAGUCACGUGCAGUGUACAUGAAUUGAUAGUUCCUUAACAUAAAAUUCAUGAUCAUUAUUCUACCAAUUCAACAAGAAUUUUAAAUGUUAGAAAAGAACAACUGUAGAGGGAAAAGAAUAAAUAUGUACUCUUAAAAUUUCACUUUUCCCUGACCUUUUUCAGACUUAAAUUUGGGGGUUAGUUGCUUGUAUUUGUAAUUAUGAUUACCACCAGCAAAAAAUGUAAUUGUGAAGGUGGCUUUAGAACUUCAGACUUUGUGUGUUUUUGAAAAGCACGGUAAUUUAGGUCAAUCCAAUACAGAGUUUGCUUUGUCUCAUGAAGAGUUGGCGUCAUAUGCGUCAAUGUAAAAUUCUCCCAUUUGAUUAAAACAUUGAAUAUUCAUCCACUGCCAUCUUUUCCAGACCGUGAGAUGGCUCUGGAUAUCUAUGUAGUAUUAGAACGUAUUUUUUUCAGUUAUAAAAUAUUUAAAAAACAGUUGAUUUUUUAAAGAUUUGUUUGUAAAGUUGAAUUUUGUGUUGAUUCCAACCAAUCAAUUUCUUUUUGCUUGUAGAUUCAACCUCGCCCAGUAACUCUGAAUGAUUUUCUGAAUGUGUUAUCAAGAAACACCAGUACAGUAACAAAGGAAGAUGUAGAGAGAUUUGAGCAGUUUACUGUAAAUCUUGGACAGAAAGGGUGAAUAGCCUGUUAAUACCAUGCAACACUAACUACACUUGCCAAGAAAGACCCACAUCCUUUCACGUCAAGAAAAGCAAGACCUAUUGCUUUGCAAGUAUAAUAUCACUCUACGUCUCGUGAAUGCAAAUGAUAUAGUGUCUAAUAAGCAAUCACCACCCUAGUCAUUUGACAGAGGAAGGUAGCGACUUAGAUCUUUCUACUUUUGUAAGAACUAAAGAUGAAUGAAAAUCGAAGGAUUGCUACCAAGAUUUACAUCAGGUAAUAAAAGCCUUUUGAUAUAACUUAAGUUACAGAACCUGUGUUGUAUUGUUGAGAAAUUGCCUUUUGGGGAAUUUAUUUGUGGCGUUGCUAGACUGUAUAAAGGAAGAGAAAUAGCAAGAGCUGAAGUGUUUUUGAGAAACCUCAGAAAUUUCAUUCUGUUCUUGGUGGCGAACUCGAACUCCCUGUUGACUUUGUUAGCAGCCAGGUAAAGGUGAAUAAAGUUCAAUGUAUUAUUGCACUCUGAUUUUUUUUCCAUUGUUGGAUAGCAUAUAUUAUUAAUGGCCCUUUUCACGGUUUACAAGGCCAUCGUGGCUGGGGGGCAAACACGGC